AAAUAUUGAAGAACAUACUCUUUCAACAUUCUCAAUUCUUGCUGCCAAAUUUGAUAUGUACAGAUUAGCUAGCUGUGAGAAAAUUGCUCAAACCAAUAAUCUUAAUGUGAACUGGGAAGAUUCCAUUAUUUCUCUCUCUCAAAUUUCAAUAAUCAUUGAUCGCACAGUGCAAUUAGAAGUUGAAGAAAGGGCAGUUGAACAACUACUCCUCAUCAAAAGUCAAUAAAGCCAAUCCCCAUUAAUCCCAAUAAAAUAUACCAUCAGCCAGCAAGGAAAUUUUGGUCUGUGUUUCUCUCUAUACAAUUCAAUAUUUUACUGUUGAAUACGAAAAAGAUGGCUGCUGCUCUCAUCCUCAUCACUAUCACCAACAAUUUUCAUCUAUCUAGCUACCCAUCAAUGGAGAAUAGGUCAAUCCGCCCGUGUUUCCUGCCCUCUUUCUCUCUCUCUCUCUCUACAUUUCAAACCCCUUUUCCCUGCUUGCAAGACACACCUGCAGCAACUCCCGUUAUGUAUUCUCGUGGGAGCUAGGUCUUUAGAGAUAUAGAUAAUAUUCAGAAAAUGGUGAUUUUCGGGGUGUCCCAGCUGAGUGCUUCGAAUCUUAGAUUGAUUCUGGUUAUGUGUUUAUGCUGGUGUCUGUUGGUUACUGGUGCUGAUAGCCAACGCACAGAUCCAAAUGAAGUGAAUGCAUUGAGAGCUAUCAAGAGAAGUUUGAGUGAUCCUUUCAAUAAUCUUGUCCGGUGGGACAGGGGGGAUCCGUGCAUUUUGAAUUGGACGGGGAUUAUCUGCUAUAACACAACGCUUCGUGAUGGUCAAUUUCAUGUUAGCGAAGUGUUGUUUAUGGGUAGGAACCUGACAGGAACUUUAUCUCCGGAACUUGGCCGUUUAUCUUAUUUAAAGAUAUUGGAUUUUAUGUGGAACAAUAUUACUGGGACUAUACCAAAGGAAAUCGGCAACAUUACAACGCUAGAAUUGCUGCUUCUAAAUGGAAAUCAACUAACGGGUUCCUUGCCGGAGGAGCUUGGCAAUCUCGUGAACUUGGACAGGAUACAAAUCGACCAGAACUUCAUAUCCGGACCAAUACCCUCGUCAUUCGCUAACUUGGACAAAGCAAAACACUUCCACAUGAACAAUAAUUCACUCAGUGGCCAGAUACCGCCAGUGCUUUCUCGACUUCCUAAUCUCGUUCAUCUGUUGCUUGACAAUAACAACUUAUCCGGACCUCUUCCACCAGAACUGUCUCAAAUGCCAAAUUUACUUAUACUCCAGCUCGAUAACAACAACUUUGGUGGGAGUACAAUACCAUCUUCGUAUGGGAACAUAUCUACGCUCUUGAAGUUGAGUCUCAGGAACUGCAGUUUACGAGGAACGCUACCUGAUUGGAGCAAUUCUCUGAACCUUGCUUACUUAGAUUUGAGCUUGAACCAGCUUACGGGACCCAUACCAGCUGGUGCACUCUCAAGAAAUAUCACAACUAUUGAUCUGUCAAGCAACGGUCUGACUGGAACUAUUCCUGGUAGCUUUUCGGGGCUCCCGCUUUUGCAAAAACUGUCUGUUGCGAACAAUUCCAUGAAUGGUUCUAUUCCAUCAGGCAUCUGGCAAAAUAGGACUUUGAAUUCAACUGAGAAAGUCCUUCUGGAUUUCGGGUUCAAUUCAUUCUCAAUUAUUAGUGGCAGCCUUCCUUCCCAUACCAAUAUCACCAUUGGGCUUGAAGGAAAUCCGGUGUGCUUAACAAGUAACAGUCUAAUUCAGGAAUGUGGGCCUCAUGAUGAAGAUUUCAACAAUAUCUCAAAUACUACAAAUUUCUAUGGUUGUCCUCCUCUGUCAUGCCCAGAUGGUUACGAGUAUGCCCCUCCAUCUCCAACUGCACGAUGCAUUUGCAUGGCCCCCGUGUUUGUUGGAUAUCGGUUGAAGAGUCCAGGAUUCUCGGAUUUCCUUCCAUAUGUGGAUUCUUUCAAGGAGUACCUCAGCUCUGGUCUUGAAAUGAACCUCUCUCAGCUUGAGAUUCAGUCAGCGGAAUGGCAAGAGGGGCCUCGUAUCAAAAUGGACCUGAAGAUAUUUCCGUCCAAUGUUACUAGCAAGUUAUUCAAUAGGAGCGAGGUUUUAUGGAUUCGUGAAAUGUUCAGUGGAUGGAGAAUACGCGAUAGCCAAGUGUUUGGACCUUAUGAAUUUCUCAGUUUCACACUCCCAUCACCUUAUGAUGAAGAAUUCCUCAACAAUAAGUCGUCUGGUUUAAGCAAGGGAGCGUUGGCUGGCGUAAUAUUGGGAACGAUAGCUGGAUCAGUCACGCUGUCUGCUAUUGUUUCGCUCCUUAUCUUGAGACGGCACACCAAAAAACAGCACAAAUCCUCGAGGCGACGUCCAUCAACGAGGAUCUCCAUCAGAAUUGAUGGUGUGAAGGAUUUCACUUACAGUGAACUGGCGCUGGCAACAAAUGAUUUUAAUGAGUCGACCGUGGUUGGGUCAGGAGGCUACGGUAAAGUUCACAGAGGCGUUCUAGCCAACGGGACCAUUGUGGCCAUAAAACGGGCUCAAGAGGGAUCGUUGCAGGGAGAGAAGGAGUUUCUUACAGAAAUAGAACUAUUGUCAAGGUUGCACCAUAGGAACUUGGUGUCCUUGACCGGAUAUUGUGAUGAAGAAGGCGAACAGAUGCUGGUUUACGAGUUCAUGCCUAACGGUACUCUGAGGGAUCACCUAUCGAGCAAGGCCAAAGUGCCACUGACUUUUGCAAGGAGGGUAAAAAUUGCGAUGGGGUCAGCGAGAGGCAUCCUUUACCUUCAUACAGAGGCCAAUCCGCCCAUAUUUCAUCGCGAUAUCAAGGCCACAAACAUAUUACUCGACCCCACAUUUACUGCAAAGGUCGCUGACUUUGGACUGUCACGUCUAGCUCCACUUCCUGAGCUCGAAGGAGGCGUGCCCUCUUAUGUAUCAACAGUGGUCAAAGGGACACCAGGAUACCUCGACCCGGAGUACUUCCUCACGCAUAAGCUGACAGACAAGAGCGACGUUUAUAGCCUUGGAGUCGUGUUUCUGGAGAUGCUGACGGGGAUGCACCCGAUCUCACAUGGCAAAAACAUCGUUCGUGAGGUAAACAUUGCGUAUCGAUCGGGUAUGAUCUUUUCCAUCAUCGACGAGCGGAUGGGAUCGUACCCUUCCGAGUGCGUCGAGAAGUUCGUAAAUUUGGCUCUCAAAUGCUGCCAAGAAGAGACCGAUUCACGGCCUUCGAUGGCUGAAGUGUAUAGAGAACUCGAAAACAUAUGGCUUAUGAUGCCGGAGUCCGACACCACCAUCUCGGAAUCCUUAACCAGCGACUCCGGGAAACUCGCGACGACCCCGACCUCCUCGUCGUCGACGAGGAACCCGUACGUUUCGCAAGACGUCUCCGGCAGCGACCUUCUAAGCGGAGUUGUUCCCACCAUCGCACCAAGAUGAUGGUUCUUGAUUUCGUUUUGUAUAGUCAUUACUUUCUUUCUUUUUACGAUGGGUAGACCUCGCUCCCACCAACUAUUAUUACAUUUGUACAAUGUUUGCGAUUUAGAGAGUUUUAGGAUUUGUUUUGUUUCUUAGUUAGGUUUGUUUCCUUAGGAUUUGAUAAAGGAAAGGAUACACAUUUUGCCUUGGUGUAGAAAGAGUUAUUAAUUUAAUAAUUUCCUUCAAUUUGAUUCA